UUUAAUCUUGUUGCAAAACCGGAGAUCAAACACUGACAACAUGGUUGACUGGACAGACGCCGAGAAGAGCACCAUCAGUGCUGUCUGGGGAAAAGUAGAUAUCAAUGAGGUCGGACCACUGGCUCUGGCAAGAGUCCUGAUCGUCUACCCCUGGACUCAGCGUUAUUUCGGCUCUUUCGGAGAUGUGUCUACUCCCGCAGCAAUCAUGGGCAACCCCAAAGUUGCUGCUCACGGCAAGGUCGUGUGUGGAGCUCUGGAUAAAGCUGUGAAGAACAUGGGCAACAUCUUGGCCACAUACAAGUCACUGAGCGAGACACACGCCAACAAACUCUUCGUCGACCCUGACAAUUUCAGGGUGUUGGCUGACGUCCUCACAAUUGUCGUUGCCGCCAAGUUCGGAGCCUCUUUCACUCCUGAAAUCCAGGCAACCUGGCAGAAGUUCAUGAAAGUGGUUGUCGCAGCCAUGGGCAGCCGGUACUUCUAAAUGCACACGAGACAAGUGAUUAUGUUCUGACAUCCCUGCCUGAGUGAAAAUAAAGACGUUG